UAUUUGGUAGAGUUCGGUGCUGUUCGGGUCGUUCGUGCGUCGUGUCUGUCUUGGCUUGCGUUUUGAGAGUUGGUCGCAGUGCAGUAGGCGCUUUAGAACCGGGGAACCGCGCACACAGCUUGUACGGAGUGGAACCAGGACCGUUUCGGGACACGAUGAUGGCCUCGGAAGCUGCGGACACGGACGAUAGCAACGCGUUCUGCGAAAAAAUCAUCAACGAGAUCGAUGCCGUGUUCCUCAAGGACCCCGAGCUCACGGGCUUUGAGAUAAUCCCGAUGCCAUCCAACACGAACAAAUCUCCGGUUAUUCACGCGGAGCACAAUCUGGGCCUACAAUCGUGGUGCGUAAAGUACAUCUACGAAUACGCCCACCGGUUGAUCCUGCGCUACAAGACCGAAUGUGGCCGACCAACGGGUGCAAACGGUUCGGCCAACUCCUCUUCCGGCAACAGUAACAGCAACACCACCAGCAACAACAACAACACUACGACAGGCGGCAGCUCCUCGCUUUUGGCCGUUCUCGGGGCCGGUAACAACUCCAUCGUCAAGUACCUGAACUGUGCCAUCCUCAUCAAUCCGGACGUGGCCACCUUCUGGAAUCUCCGAAGACAGCUGUUUGCCCGGAACCGGCUGGACAUAACGAAAGAGUUUCAAUUUGCAACGGUGGUGCUGAGCAAAAAGCCAAAAUCAAACGAAGCGUUCGCCUAUCGCCGGUGGUUGUACCUGUUUCAAAGCUACGAUGCAAUCGAUUGGUCGUUCGAGAUUGGUUUGUGCGAAAAGUGUGCGGAUAAAAGUACCACAAACUAUCACGCCUGGUGCCACCGCCAGUGGGCCAUCAUGAAGGCUCCUCAUCUGUUGAAGUUUGAAAUUUUUAAAACGGAAAAGUUCAUCCGCAAGCACAUCCAUGACUACAGCUGCUACAAUCAUCGUCAGUUUGUGUUGGCUAAAAUGUCCGAAGUUGGAUAUUACGACGAGGACGAUGGUAGGAAUUUCGAAGAACUGUUCCGUUACGCUGGCCAGUUGCUGAACGACGCCACAAUAGACAACGUGGAUGAUCUGCUCAGCUGGCUGGCGCCGAGCAUCCUGCGGGAGGGCAUGAACGAAAUCCGGCUGCAUUCGUUUCUGUUUUGCCUUAAUCUGGCAGCGUACGAUUUGCGGUUCUGCGAGGAAUUGCGCGCGUUGUACGGAGAAUCGCACGCAUUUGAGAAUCACCGCCGCUUCAUGGUGAAGUUCAUCGUUGACCAAUGCCGUGGGGCCGCGUGCUCGCUCACUGACGCUGGCAGCGGUGGAAACGGCGUCACCGGCCAGCAACCGAUGAGCAAAAUAACCAAACUCGACGAUCAGGACAGUGUUUUUCUUCGCGCAAUCAAAAACAGUGAAAUGAACCGCACAGCUCCUCAGCAUAAAAAAUGGUGCAAACUGUUUCUAGGUUUCGAUAUUGAAUGAAAGACAUUAUAAUUUUAGCUUUUUUAUAAUUGGCAGACAUCAAAACUGACUGCAGCACAUUGUUUUAUAACAGUUCCUAGAUUUUUAAGUAGCCGAAAUGAACAACAAUUGUUACUCAUUCUGUCGACAGUCAUUGUACCGUAGCUUUGUUUCAAUUUCUCCUUUGCUUACUAGUAACAUGUUCUUCUCUACUCUUUUAUCGUAGCACCUACUUGUGUUUUAAAUUUGUGUAUUUAUUUUGUUAUUUUUGAAUCAUGUUAUGUUGCAUCAGUUCUCGAAGCUUUUUUUAUAUUCAUAUACUUUGGAAAUAGUUUACACCAGCAUUGCCAGCAAAUGUAUAGGGAUCCGAAUCAUUAUAUUAAUGAGAGACACUUUGUCACCACUUCAAUCAAGCCUCUUGUUGAGUAAAAUGUUAGUUUGAGCUGAGAGAUAGUUUAGCUGGAAGCAAUAAAUCUGCAAGAUUUUCGUUACCUUA